UUUUGAAUUUCGAAUAAAAAUAUUUCAUUCGAAUAUAAAUUUAAUUUUAAUGUGAUAAAGUUUAUUCUUUAAUAUUUCAUUUCUCUGUUUUGCAUCGCAAUUAGUAAACAUAUUUAUUACAUAAAAGACAGUAAAUUGUGUGACAAAGGUUUCGAAAUUAUCUCAUAUCAUGCUACCGCAACGAACGGUCGUAUGUAAAGGUAUAAACUUUGCUAGAAUGUGUUUUCUUGUGAACUGCUUAAAAAGGUUUAAAAGUUCACAACAAUGGUUGAGUCGUCAAAAAGCAGAUCCAUACGUGGAGAAAGCGAAGAUAUAUAACUACAGAUGUCGAAGUGCUUUUAAACUGUUGGAAAUGGAUGAUAAAGCCAACAUCCUUCAUCCUGGUCAAACUGUUAUCGAUUUGGGCGCUUCUCCCGGAUCCUGGACACAGGUGGCUGUUCAAAAAACUAACUCAGAUGGUGCGGAUACUACACAACCAAUAGGGACAGUUUUGUCAAUUGAUAAACUUCAGAUAUUCCCCAUUGAGGGAGCAACAAUAAUGAGCAACAUGGACUUCUCAACCAUACAAGCACAUGAUAAAGUUGUAGAAGCACUGAACGGGAGACAGGUAGAUUUAGUUCUCUCAGACAUGGCACCAAAUGCUACAGGAGUGAAGGAGUUGGACAAAGACCGGAUUAUAGGCCUCUGUUACAUGGCAAUCAGGUUUGCAGCUCUAGUCACUAAGAUAGAUGGGAAUUUACUGUUCAAAGUGUGGGACGGCAAAGAGGUGCCCAUUUUGGAAAUGGAUUUGGAGAGGUUCUAUAAAAGCAUCAAGAUCUUGAAGCCUAAAGCCAGUAGGUCAGAUUCUUCCGAGAAGUUUAUACUUGCAAGAGGAUUCAGAGGUAUUCAGAGGCCAUUGCAAAAUGGCAGGUGGGGAUAAUUUAACAACACUACAAGCAACUGUAUAACAUUUUAUGAUGAAAGCUUGAAUCUGCAGUAUAGAGAAAAAAGUGUAUUUUUAUUUUUCUAAUUAGGUAAGGUAAUAAAUAAAUAUUACUGUCAACUGUGACAAAAUAUCAUAACAGUUGUUUGUUACUCAAAAUAAUAAUGCAAAUUUAAAAUCUUUGUCAAUAUACCCUUGAUACAAUUUUUUGUGGGCAUUGUAAACACACAGAUUUAUCAGGAUUGAGAAAAACAGUUUUUUUUUAAUAAUUAUAUUUAAUAAUUUACCUUUGCAAAGUAAUGUCUGCAACUAGUCUGUAAACAUUUAAAAUAAGGGUUUAAAUACUCUCUCUCUCUCUUUAGUCAGGCGAUACACUUAAGAUACAAUUAGAUUGCCCUUUUAUUUUUAUUAAGUUUUUCAUGAAGGCAUUUAGCAUGAAAUGUUAAAUUUUAUGCUUAAAGCCAUCAUGUCAAUCUUUUUUGUUUUUACCUAAAUUUCACAACUUUAAGAUAUUGUAGUUACCAUUCUACUCAAUAGGCAAAAAAAGUGCAUUCCCCAAAGAGCAACAUUAAGUGUCGCCGCACACGGCCCUUACGCGACAGCCAUAAACGCCGCCACAAGAAGCAAGAAAGGGCCACAAAAGUACCUGAAACACGCGACAGCCACUUGUGGCCGGUGGUCGACACUUGUGGUCGGUGGCUGCUAGUUUUUUGACCCAUACAUGCAGUAUCAUAAUCGCAGGAGUGGCGUUUUGUGUCGCCAUUUUGUGGCCACAAGAAGCGAGCAGCGACGAUUGUAGUGUGUGACGGUUACCGGCGUCAACCGUUUGCGUCGAGACCAUAUAAAAUGUAUGAAAACUACAGAAAAUAUGCCGAUUUGUUCCAUCUACUAGUAUUUUAAAGAAAUAUUCAUCAUAAAUGCCUAAUAGAAUUUACCAUUUUUAUUUAGCUUUAUUUAGGAAUUGUGUACCAUUAUCAUGUUUAUAAAUAUUUGCUAUGAUAUGCAAAUUCUUUAUCAACUUGUAUAGUUAGAUUUAUUAUUAUCUUGAAAGGUUACUUGUACUUAAGUGUUAUGUACUUGUCUUCCAGUUGUGCUAAUAAAUUUAAUAAGAUAAAUAAAAUGGCUUACGUACAAUGUUAAUGUAGGACAAAGGUGUCACAUAAAAAGAGUACUGAUGUUCAACCAAGAAAAAAAAUUGCCUUAAAAUGUAUUAAUUACUACUUCGUCCGCUUCGGCAUCGUUUUAAUCCCCGUAUUCCUACGGGAACGGGAACUACGCGGGUAAAAUGCUAUUAAUAAUAUAUUCAUAAAACAGACAUUUAACCUCAUCAUUAUCAACCCAUAUUCGCCUCUCUGCUGAGCUCGAGUCUCCUCAGAAUGAGAGGGGUUAGGCCAAAUAGUCCACCACGCUGGCCCAAUGCGGAUUGGCAGACUUCACACACGCAGAGAAUUAAGAAAAUUCUCUGGUAUGCAGGUUUCCUCACGAUGUUUUUCCUUCACCGUUUGAGACACGUGAUAUUUAAUUUCAUAAAAUGCACACAACUGAAAAGUUAGAAGUGCAUGCCCCGGACCGAAUUCGAACCCACACCCUCCGUAAUCGGAGGCAGAGGUCAUACAUAUCCACUAGGCUAUUACGGCGCCUAGACAAAUAUGUGCAAUUUUGAUGAAAUGAAGCCUAGCCUGCUAUUAUAAAUACUAUACUACAGCCUUUCUUGACGAGUACUGUUUACCAACAAACAUAUUAAAAAUGAGGGUAUAAAUCACUAGUCGUUUCACACCUAAUAAUAAUUAUAAUAAACUUGUUCUAAAUUAAAUGAAAAUAAAUUUGAUUAAUAAGCUUAGAAUAAUAAGAUAGGGUUAAUAUAUUUUACAUAACAUUUUAUAAACAAACUAUACAUAAUUUAAAAUAAAUAAGUUACUAAAUGACAUGUGUUUUCUACCUUCAUUUCUAAUUUUUUUAAGUUGGUAAACAGUACUCAUCAAGAAAGGCUGUAGUAUAGCUUUUCAGCAUUUGAUCCAUUUUCAUUUAGUUGAGUGGUGGAAGGACUGUUUUUAUGUGACACAACCUUAAAUAAGUAAUAAAAGAAAUAAAUACAAUGUAUAUGUAGGAGAAGGUAUCCUAAGCUUAACUCAUGAUAUAGUGGCAUACAAUCUUGUAAAUAGAAUUAGUGAAUUAAAUGUUUUUAUAAUGACUUUAUUGACACAAUAUUUAGAGACCAAAAAUAGACUAGAUUAGAUGAUUUAUUAAAACUUGUUUCUAAUGUGAAUUUAUAUAAUAUUAAAUUAUAUUGAAAUAUGAACAAAAUAAGUGUCAUAUAUAAAUAAAAGACGCAUAUAAAAUUAA